UUUUCAUUCACCAGCUGGUCUCCACUCAAACUGUUUCCGGGUGUCAACAACCUGGUAGCUAGUCGUUAGCCAGCCAAGACACGAACUCCACAUUCUGUCGAAGAGUGGACCACAUAUUCUGGAUGAAGAUGGAUGGUGAAGAGAGAACCUAUGGUGGCUGUGAGGGGCCAGAUGCCAUGUAUGUGAAGUUGAUUUCGUCUGAUGGUCAUGAAUUUAUUGUGAAGCGAGAGCACGCCUUGACAUCUGGGACUAUCAAAGCCAUGUUAAGUGGGCCAGGUCAGUUUGCUGAGAACGAAACCAAUGAGGUGAACUUUCGGGAGAUACCGUCUCAUGUCCUGUCCAAGGUCUGCAUGUACUUCACUUACAAGGUCCGCUACACCAACAGCUCCACAGAAAUCCCAGAAUUCCCCAUCGCUCCGGAGAUCGCACUGGAACUGCUCAUGGCUGCAAACUUCUUGGAUUGCUAAAGUUAUGGAGACGAUGUAGCUGCUUUAACACUUUUAGAUGUUUUGACUAUUUAACAUAAUGUGUAUGACAUCACAAGUUUUGUCAUAACUUUGCGUAUUAAACAAUUUCAUUUUAGUAUGUGUGAAUAUGGCAGACUGCAUCACUUGGCUUGAAUGAGAAAAAUGUUAUCCCUACUCCUCGAAUCCUUCCUUUCCUUGUCUGCCUCAAUAAAGAACUGUUUGGAAAGACUUCUGAUGACUUUUAACAUUGUUUCAAUUAGCAUGUUUGAUAUCAACUGUGCAACUGGUGAAUUCGAUCACAGAACAGCUCCUGCUAUUCAUUUUGUAAUGCUAUGGAAAAGAUUUCAUAGAAAGACCGGAGCAACCUGAAAGCUCUUUCAAACCGAAGACCAUGAAAGUUAGUUGUGCACUGAAAUGUUACUGUGUGCUGUUAUUCAACAGGAUGCUGGACAUGAAUAGUAAUGUUUGCUGUAUUCCUCACAUUGGUUCAAUGAUAAUUACAGCUUGCUUUUUUUUGUGCUCUCAAUUUUGAAAUACGAGUGGAAUAAACUUUGCUGACACAAGAUGACCCUCCUCAGUAUCAUAUUUCCAGAAUGAAAGCAGGGGGAAUUCUUGAAUGGAACUAUUUAUUUUGCUGCUGUUGCUGAAAUAAAGUGAACAA